AUAACACAUCAUAUGGGUUAUGAUUUGGUAAAGCAGUUGUCAUUUCUCGCAGACGACGCACGCCAUGCACGACGUCUUCGAUAAUGGUGCACCUGACACGAAAGAAAAUUAAAUCGCAGAGUUGCUGAAAACUACAGAAGAACUAUAGUCAUCAUUAUAGUAUAUUAUUUACCCGUCAUAGUAUGUUGUAGAGACAGAGCACAGUUCAAACCACGACGCAGCAUUAAAAAGCAGUAGGCAUAGUCAGUGUCAGCGCGAAGUGGCGAUUGAUUUUUAAAGCUCUUGUGUCAGAGUUUGUGAGUUAACUCAAGUCGAUACCGUGCCACACUCGUGUAUUAGAAGCAGUGCAUUGGCUGUAUUCAGGGAAUUGGCCUGGCAUCUAUAAUACACAAUACGCAAAUUCACAUCAACGCAUACACACCAGCAGGUGUUCGUUGUCGGCGUGUACCGUGGCGGCCAAGCCUUCUGCAUCCGAGUAUACUAUUUUUUCGAUGCCUGUUUAGCUGUCAUGCGGUAUUGUUGUUGACGCUGAGACAGUCAUCUUGAUUGUCUCGUGAUUUUCUUUCUGUUCGUGGACAUCGAGAUCGUUUUAACAACAUGACCAGCAAGAAAGGACAGACCUGGAGAAUUGAGGCUGAAAUCGAUAAAAAUCGUGAGGAGAACAACUGGAAAAAGGUCAUCGAACUAGCCGAGCAGCUUAAAUCAACAUCCCCAGGAGCUGAAUGCUUGGCUCAUUUCCUUGGAGGUGAAGCUAGACUAGAGGCAUUUCUGGAGCAAACACCACCGAUUGAUGUCAAUGUAGCCAAAGCUCAAACAGGCUUAGUGGAAGCCAAAAAGUAUCUUCUUUUGGCUGCUGGUGAGAAAGACAAACAAGCACCUGUGGCAUUGGACGCUCAAUUGUUAUUAGGAAAACUUCACUAUGCUAUGGGAAUGUAUAGUGAAUCACUUGUUCAUUAUCAAGAGGCAGAUCUGCAGUCACUUACAGAAAAGCAGUUACCAAGUCGUAGUUUACGUAUUGUUGCUGAGUCUUUUGCUAUUAAGGGAUUAUGCUUAGAAAAACUACCUCCCACUUCCAAGUCAAAGUAUAAAGUUGCAGAAUGGCAUAGCCAAAUGAUUAAAUGUUAUGAGGUAGCUUCAAAUAUCACUUUAGUGUACUUACAAGAGCAGGACAAAGUUACUAUGCAACAGCAAAAUGGAACUUUGACAAUAAAUAGUACUUCUAACCUUGGAUCUUCAUCUCCACAAACUACUGUACAGCCAACAAAACAAAUGGGACCUAUAUUAGAAACAGCGAUGCAAAGGGCUCCUCUCAUUCACAUUCAAGCAAGAAAUAUUCAAGAAGCAGUUGACUGUUACAGAAACUUACUAUCAGCUCUUGAAACUACAGCCACGCAAAGUUUAAGACUAACAUUAGCUCGUCAGUUAGCAGAAGUAUUAUUGAGAGGCUUAAAGGGGAUUAAUUAUACAGUGCCAGAAAUCUCAGCCCCUACAAUAGCAACAAAAAAGUCAAGUGCAACUGAAUCACCCUGGAAACCAAAGAGAUAUGGUGGAAUUACCUUGUUUACUCCAAAAAAUGAAUAUGAAGAAUUAAUUUUACUACUAUUAAUCUGUGAAGCCAUGGCAGGGAAAAAUGCUGUUCUCAGUCAAUCACCAGAAUUCAAAGAGGCUAGAGUACGAGCUUAUCAAAAUGCCUGUGCUAUUUAUGAUCUACUUUGUGUUUGCGUUGUAAGAUGGAAUCAAGUAGAACUUUUGCAAGAGUCAUUGGAAAGGGCUAUGAAAUUCUCUCAUGGAGAAGUGCAUACAUGGACACAAUAUGCUUUAAGUCUAAUCCAUCUUGGAAGUUAUGUUCAUGGAUUUGCAGUAUUAAAAAUGGCAAUAAAACUUUCUCCCCAGAAAGUAGCUCCUUGUCUACUAGCUGCAAGAUUGUGUUAUGAACAUUUGAACAAAAUAUCUGAAGGGAUUGAAUGGAGUCAGUCAGCAUUAUCACGAGAAACUACCAAUCCUCAAGGACUAGUGGCUAGGUGUCAUCUUUUUAUUGGGAUUGGAUACAGUUUACGUUGUGCCAAUACAAAUCUUAAGCAAGAAAAAGCACAGUACAGUCAAUCGGCGUUUGAUGCUUUUAAUAAAGCUCAACAAAAUGAUCCAAAUGAUCACCUAGCGGAAUUCUAUUUGGCUAGAGAAUAUGCUUUAAAUAGAAAAUUAACAGAAGCAAUGAUACAUGUUAAAACUGCAUUAAAUUUAAGAGCAGAACACAUUCCAUCCUUACAAUUAUUAGUCUUAUUACUUACUGCCCAAAAACAAUAUAAAGAAGCAAUGGACUUAAUCAAAAGCAUUCUAGAAGAAUUUCCGGACAAUAUGAAAUUUUUAUACAUCAAAGCUACAUUAGAAUUGCGUGUUUUUAGUGCUGAAGAUGCUUUAUUUACCAUUAAACAUAUGCUUCAUUUAUGGAAACAAUUAUAUGAAGGUCAAAUGAGUUCUGAAGGAGAACAACAAAGUGAAAGACGUAGUGAAACAAGAAGUGUUUUUCAAAUGUAUUCAUCGGAAAUGUCAGAUAAAGAUUCUAGUUCAAUAAGAGCUCAAUCGCUUGCUGCAUCUAGGGUUGAACAAGCUUUAUCAGAAGUAGCAUCCUCAUUAAGCUCUUUUGUUCCAAGAACUGGUCCCCAAAAAGCCUGGUUAUUACAAUUAGAAGUAUGGUUAUUAUUAGCCGAAGUUUUUAUUGCAUUGGACCAUAUUAAGGAAGCUACAUUGUCAAUACAAGAAGCAUCUAAUAUAUUUCCAAUGAGUCAUCACAUCAUGUUUACUCGUGGACUGCUGCAUGAUUUCAAAAAGGAAUAUGAAGAAGCCAAAACAUCUUAUAUGAAUGCUGUAGCAAUUAAUCCAGUGCAUGUAAAGAGCCUUCAAAAUUUGGGUAUGGUAAAUAAUCACCUUGGCUGGACCCGACUGGCUGAGAAAAUAUUGAGGGAUGCUACUAAAAUUGAUCCAUACGAUUAUGUAACAUGGUAUAAUUUAGGUGUAGUUCUACAAUCACUCGAAGAACAUGAAGCAGCAGCUGAUUGUUUUGAAACUGCUCUUCAGAAUGAGGCUACUCAUCCAAUCCUUCCUUUCUCAACUGUUACAACUGUUUUUGAAUGAAUAAGAAUUUUACAGGGAAUAUGGUAUGAAUAUGAAAAUUGUUAGUCGAUUUAUCACGGAGACACAAGGGUAAAUUCAAAUGGUUACCAACUAUCAUUCAAGUUUGAAUGAGCAUAAUGCUAUGAACUCUAAAUUAUCUGUCUCAGUUAUUCAUUUGUAUAUAUAAUGACGGUUAAGUGUAUCUUAAAUUUAUUAAUAAAAGUUAUUGUUACCAAAACUAGUUUUCGUAAUUAAUUUGAAACACAAGCUUAGUUGAGUGAUUCUCUUUUUUUAUUUUUCUUUACAUCAUUAAUAUUUUUUACAUUAUAAUUUUUUAGAUUAAUCUUUCACCUGCUACUAUAGAAAGUAGUAAAGAUAAAUAAUAUCUUCAAGAUACAUUUUCUUACAUGUUUUUAUGCUAAAGGUAAUAAUAAUUUUUGAGCAAUUUAAAAUAUUUUGCUCAAUACAAUUUCAUGAAAUUACUCGAAAAUGAUUUU